AAACCAUUGCGAGCGUUUUCAGUGCAUGGAAGCAUUUCAGUGCACGUCCUACUUGUAAACCUCUACAGCAGGGCGAUUUUGCGCGUUCCCGUGGACUCUCGCCAUAGAAAACAAAGCUGAACGUCUUCCAUAACAGCUAGGGGUGCAGACCGGAGGAAUAUCCGAAUUUAUUCUGGACACACCAGGCUGAAUAUGGAUUUACAGUGGGUGUAGCAUCGUUGGAGACCGAGCCUUCUCGGCUGGGGUGACGGCAGGACAUUAGCGAAACCGACGAAAAUAACAUCUGUGGUUUUUUCUCGGGGUGCUUUGUCUUGUCCACCUAACGAUAGCAAACCAUCAUUCUCGUUUCAAUUGCAAGAUAUUCAGCUAGUGAUUACUAGCUGCCGCCGGGAUGUAUCAUCAUGUUGUCACCUAAAAGUAACUGCUAGGACGUCGGAUUGUGAAGGAAAAGCAGAAAACCUCUCCCAGGUCCCAACGGGUUGUCACCGGGACCUGAAUCUGUGUUAGCCACAGUCGCGGAACCCACUGUUUUCGGCGAUAUGGCGGAGCAAGGCUACUCAUCUUGGGCGUACUCCCUAGUUGACUCCAGCCAGGUGUCCACCUUCCUCAUCUCCAUUCUCCUCAUCGUCUAUGGCAGCUUCAGGUCAUUAAACAUGGAUUGCGAGAACCAGGAGAAGGAUAAAGAUGGAAACCCUACAACAACGGGGUCUUUCAAUAACAGCAACACAAACAACAGCAUUCAGACUAUAGACUCCACACAGGCCCUGUUUCUGCCCAUAGGAGCCUCUGUGUCUCUGCUAGUCAUGUUCUUCUUCUUUGACUCGGUACAGGUGGUCUUCACCAUCUGCACAGCAGUUCUUGCAACAAUUGCAUUUGCAUUCCUCUUGUUGCCAAUGUGCCAGUAUCUGACCAGACCCUGCUCCCCACAGAACAAGAUUUCGUUUGGUUGCUGUGGGCGUUUCACUCUGGCUGAGCUCCUGUCCUUCUCCCUCUCUGUUAUGUUGGUGCUCAUCUGGGUGCUGACUGGACACUGGCUUCUCAUGGACGCGUUAGCCAUGGGCUUGUGUGUCGCUAUGAUAGCCUUCGUACGGCUCCCCAGUCUGAAGGUGUCUUGCCUGCUGCUGUCAGGACUGCUCAUUUAUGAUGUAUUCUGGGUGUUUUUCUCAGCCUACAUCUUCAAUAGUAAUGUGAUGGUCAAAGUUGCCACCCAGCCUGCUGAAAAUCCCAUAGAUGUUCUGUCCAGGAAGCUCCACUUGGGGCCGGGGAUGGGCCGUGAUGUACCCCGCCUCUCAUUACCCGGCAAGCUGGUCUUUCCCAGUUCCACAGGAAGCCACUUCUCAAUGCUGGGAAUAGGAGACAUCGUGAUGCCGGGGCUGCUGUUAUGCUUUGUCCUGCGUUAUGAUAACUACAAGAAGCAAGCCAAUGGGGAAGUCCCGGGGCCUGGUAACAUGUCCGGACGCAUGCAGCGCGUCUCCUAUUUCCACUGCACUCUCAUCGGAUACUUUGUGGGUCUUCUGACUGCUACUGUGGCCUCCAGGAUCCAUCGUGCUGCUCAGCCCGCUCUGCUCUACCUGGUGCCCUUCACCCUGCUGCCUCUGCUCACUAUGGCCUACCUGAAGGGGGAUUUGCGGCGCAUGUGGUCCGAGCCUUUCCACGCCAAGACCAGCAGCUCUCGCUUCCUGGAGGUAUGAUGCACCCUGGGAUAAACAACCAGCGCGGGGAAGACUGCGGAUCUUUUCCCUUAACGAGAGGGAAGGAGAGAGGGCGUACUCACAGUGAGGCCAUGUUGUCAUCACUUGUUCAUGCUUUCCACCAAUCUUCUGUGAACACCCUCAGAAGGACACCAGUGUGUGGAUCACAACGCCCCAACACGACUCAUCUUUGGUCCCUACAUCCUCCCUGUUUCAUCUCCGCUUCCUCUUUGCUGUUUAUUUCCUCUUCAUUAUAGCACAUCCUGCCUGUGCUGUUUUUGUUCUGCCCCCCUCUCCCCUCCUCCCUGUCUUUUUUCCUUUUUCCCACUUCUAUAGUUGGUCUCGUUUGCCACUUCCCUCACAUGGCCCGUCCCAUUCGUCAGGCCUCUUCGUUUUCCUUCGCCUUUAUUUCCUCUGCAUCUCUUUGUCUCAGAUGAACUCAAGGGCCAGGCCUCCCCCCUUUUUGUGGACUUACGGUUGUGAGACAUGGCUGGGGUUUAUAUAUAUUUUUUUAGCAUUGUCGUGGUCAUUAUUAUUAAUAUUAUUAUUAUUAUUAUGAUGAUGGAACAAUUUAAACAAAACGGAGAAGAGGUGGAGCGUUGCACUGGCACAGGACAGUGCCCAGGAGCAGCGACACAGUAAAAGGAGAAGAGUCUUCCUCCUCCAUCCGUCUCCCUCUUUCAUCCUCGCUUCUCUUCAUGUGUUCCAUUCUUCCUCCCGCCCUCCUCCGACACUCCCUGCGAGUCCCAACCCUCCUCCUCUCUGUUCAUCUGCUGUCCUCAUUCCCCGCCCUCACAGAUAACUAUGUAUUUUAUUUAGAAAAGUUUUAUUCUUGGCAUAUACAGAAAUGAUGCAUUAUAAAUUGUUAAGCCGCCCCUGGCGUUGGAGGGGCCGCUUCUAUUUGUAUAUAUGUGUACACAUGUAUUUGCGGUAUCUUGAGUUUGUAUUUGUGUUUGGGAGCAUGUUGAACAGGGUGGGAAACUGACGCCAGCCAACAGCCGGAUUUUUGGGUGAAAUUUGGCUGCCAGUUUGCGUUGAGCGUCCGUCAUUCGGAGGCCGUUUUCUAAAAGUUUGUUGGCUUGUGCGAUAGAAACAUAACUGGUGGAUUUUUUUCGGGGUAAAAAAAAACAUCUGCAUUUGUUGCUGGUCGAUGACAAAGUUAGUUUCCUGCUCUAGUGUUAAAGUGUGCGUGCGUGAGUGUGUGUUGUGUGUGUGAGAGCGAGCAGAGCACAUGAGCGUUUUACUUGGUUUUAAUUUGAAAUCAUGAACAUGGUUGAAAACAUUGACAAUAGUCAGGUUUGCAUUGAGCUGGGCGUGUUGGACCAGAGUGUCCUAUACACACACACGACUGGUCUAAUGGAAACAGUUUGUAUCUAACUUGUAAAGAAAAAACUCAACAGGGGUCAAUUUUUAUUUUAUUGGUCUCUCUGCAGACAGGUGGAAAUGUAAACAGUGUUUUUUCUUUCAAAUAAAUGAAUGUUGAAUUAAUUUUAAGGUAUGCAAUGUUACUUUUAUCAUGAAACCACAUCAUACAUCAUGCUGGGUUUUGUACUGAAAUUCUGUUGUGCACAUCCUGAGUUUACAUGUAUUUAUGGCCGUGGAAACACUAAGUCUAUAAAUGUCUGAGCAUGAUGAUAUCAGAGCAGUUUUUAUGUUUUGACAAAAGACAAGUCGAAGGAGACGAACGGCGCAUCUCAUCUGAACUUUUGUAAAUGUCAGUGUUUCACCUCAGUCGAUGAAGACCUGACUAUUGUGAGAGUUUAGACUCACAGCUCAGAGAUGAGGGUCAGUGGGAUAUGAAGACGUACUGUGGUUAGAUUUGUGUAGCUGCAGAUUAAGGGGUUUUCUGGGUGGAUGGUCAAGUGUGUGUGUGUGUGUGUGUGUGUGUUCGUGUGCCUGAUCAAAUUAUGUAAUAAAAAUCUGUUUGGACCUACGAAGGGGGAGUUAUGAAUCAGUCGCGCCCUUCAGAAAUCAAAAAAUUAGAAAUGAACCCACGGGAUGUUUUUACUGUCACCAUUUGGUACCUGACAGUCUUUUUUUUUUGUCUUUCCACUGUUUUGUGGUGCUUGUCAGUUAAUAUCUAAUGUAUACUGGAAAACGUGUGAGUGAGCACACGGCAGGAAGUGUGAGACGUACGGACGAUGCAGUUUGCUGGCUUUUUUUUGUCGUUUUUUUACUUUUUUUUAUGCUAUCUGGCCGUGCAUGUUAAGUGUACAGUGUAUCAUUUCUCAGACUGCGUUAACAGGGCUACUGCAGUUUUGAGCUCUGCUGGCCAACACGGAGGCACUGGACCUAUGAGCUCGUGUCAGUGGGUGGGACAGAGGCUGCAGGUCAGAAGGACUGCGAUUGGUCAGCUCUGACUGAUUCACAAAGGCUCAAAAUUGUGACCUGGAUGCUGUCAGGUUUGGGACGUCCAGCAAACCGCUCAGUGCAGUCGCCUAAACUCUGACGUCAUGGAACUACAAACCCCCUUCACUUCUUCAUGGACAUGACAAGAAAAUAUAUAGAUUUAUAUACAUAUAUAUAUAUAUAUAAAUAUACAUAUAUAUGUGUGUGUAUAUAUACAUCUAUAAAUAACUGCUGACGAUCAUGAUGAUAACAAAUUUCUUUUUUUAUAGAAUUUUUUUUCUUUUUAAAUCCUUGUUUGUUUGUUUUUCUCUUUAGUGCUUUAGUUUUUUUGUUUUUUGUUUUUUUUUCAUUUUUCUUUUCACCUCUUCUCCCCUCCAGCAGAGGACUCCGGCUCUGCUGGUGCAUUGAUAUUAUGGCUGAAUGGAUUCUGUAUAGAAAAAUGGUGAAUAAAAUAAAUUAAGAACUGUGUAGUGAAAACAUGAAUCCUGAAGCGCUUGAUCUAAAACACUUUGUCUCCUUUUAACCCCCUGCCCUGCCCCCUUCUGUCCCUCCUCAUUCAGGAUUCUGCUGUAAAUAAACAUGACUCUAACUGUAACAA